GCUCCAUUAMUUUGGUGAAUAAUGACACAUCAGGAAUGUGGUUUACAGUACACCCAAAUCAUCAAAUCUUGUCCUUCUUGCGGCCACCAAAUCAAGUGCCCACAAAAUCAAAAGGGUGGAAUUCAUACUCUACCGGGUCUGCCUGCGGGUGUGAAAUUCGACCCUACGGAUCAACAGCUUCUUCAACAUUUAGAGGGAAAGGUUGUUGGGUGUGAUUAUGCUCACAGCCUCAUCCAUGAAUUCAUCCCCACUAUUCAAUGGGACCAAGGAAUUUGCUAUACACAUCCCCAGAAGUUGCCUGGAGUACAAAAGGAUGGUUUGGUCCGGCACUUCUUCCACCGGCCGUCCAAGGCCUACACAACAGGAAAAAGAAAAAGAAGAAAAGUACAUGCCGAGGACACCGACGGUGAGGGCGACACCCGGUGGCACAAGACCGGGAAGACGAGGCCGGUUCUGGUGGGCGGGAGAGUGAAGGGUUACAAAAAGAUACUGGUCCUAUACACCAACUAUGGGAAGCAAAGAAAGCCGGAGAAGACGAACUGGAUAAUGCACCAAUACCAUUUGGGGAGCAGUGAGGAAGAGAAAGAUGGAGAGAUUGUGGUUUCAAAAGUGUUCUACCAAACACAGCCUAGGCAAUGUGGAGUGACGAAGGACUCCAUUUCUCUCAAGUUUAGGGGACAAAAGAUCAAUAAUGGCCAUGAGUUGGGUUCCAAUCCUAACCCAGCUGUUGAUUUCUAUAACCCUUCUUUCAUCUCUUUUCAGCCGAGUGAUCAAAAUAGAUCGGGAGGCAAUUCGUUUGCAGUCCACGGUGGGUCCUCUGUUGUUUCAUGAUCAUUGUUAAUUAUUGUCGUAUGAAUAAAUUGGAGAGAGGGAACUGUGAUAAUGAAUACAGUACAGAUGAAUCAAUAUGGAAAUAUAUAUUUAAGAAACAAACGAUCAGGUAUUCAUGAGCCGGACGUACUACACAUUGUAGUUUUCUUCCUAGUUGAUU